AUGGUUCACUUCGUACUGAGCAAUAGUUUCGUCUCUUUCGCCGGAUUCACCUUCAGACAAGUAAACGGAAUACCGCAAGGCAACAACGCCUCUCCAUUUAUAGCAGAUCUUACCUUAACGGCCAUGGAAUACAAUUUUAUAAUUAACAAUAAAAUCCUUUUCGACAGACGCUUUUUCCACGCCGCCAGAUACAUGGAUGACAUAUUCAUAAUUUACGAUAAAAAUAAAUUAAACUUAUCCCUAAUCACCAACACACUAUACCAUAACUCAUUGGAACUUAACCAAACCAAUACGGAAACAUAUAAAAACCCAAUUUUUUUGGACUUAGAUAUUUCAAUCGAUGAACAAAAAAAUCUUAAGCAAAUUAUAUAACAAAAACGGAUGACUAUAAUUUUCAAAUAAUCAGAUACCCUCAUCACGACAGUUAUGUAGCUCGAAAUAUUGGUUUCAACACAUUCACUAAUGAAAUUGUUAGAUUCUCUAAAUGCUGCGGUAGAAUAGAAGACUUUAUAGAUAGGACUAUCGAUUGCAUAAAAAAACUUUCAUAUUGAAUCAAUACAAUUUAAACACCUUAAUUAGAAUUUUGAAAACAAAAAAACUUUAAAUAGGACUAAAUUCAAAGAAAAAAAUCGGAUUUAGUUUUUGCAAAAAAAUACACAUUUCAUUAUAACUAUCCCUUCUUCACUCUACAUUCCAAAUUUCAACCUCGAUUUUCUACCUUUAUACUUUCAAUAUAGACUUCCACAAGAACAUAAAUUUAAUCUACCUCUUCGUAACUUUUUGACCUCUGCCGACAACAAUCGAUAUCGGAUAUGAAUGACUACAUUUCCCCUUUUUUUUUUUUUUUCUCUUUUCCUUUUUUUCUUCCCCCUUCAUUUAUCAGUUUUCCCUUUUCAAUUUUUCCAAACUUUAUUAAUUUAAAAACUGCGCCUAGGUAUAAUAGCUAAAAAAAUCUUUUAUAACAUUUUUUUGUGAUUUAAAGCAAGAGGGUAAAAUGCUGACGAUGGGUCACCCUCUAAGCCGUCCAUUUUUGGGACCCUGAAACGGCUGCGCGACAUAAAAUAUUAUCAUCUUUAAACCCUUUCUCCUCUAAGAAAUUUCAGAAAUCCUAAAACCUUUUCAUAGUAAUGUCCUCCUCAUAUGUAUUUUCUCACCCUUCAUAUUGAUCAAACACACUGAAUUAUGGUCUUAUGAGAUAGAUGUUGAGUUUCAGUGCAAAGUCUGGAUACUGUAGCGCCACAUGAGAACGAAUGUGAGGUCGCGUAAGUCGCUGCGGGUCGGGGACACAAAUUAGAGGCGUCUUGACCUCGUAGAUACUACCUUCGAAAAUCUAAGAAAUUGCCAGGGCCUUCCAUAAGACCCCAAGAUAAUUUUUGGAUACCCUUUAGGUAAGGGUAGAAAUAACCGAAAAAAGGCCAACCUGAAAAACCGGUUCAAUAUAGCCCAGUCCACGCCAGAUUGUCACGUUUCUUUUUCCGUAAAAAUACCGUAUAUCAAAUUAAAUUAAAGUUGAGGAUCUUUGCUUCAAGACCGUUUUUUUUGCUGUCUAGGUAGCGGUUUCGUUUUUCGAAUUUUUCAUUAUGAUCUUAUGACGUAGAAUGGAGUUUCACUCAAAGGCGAAUCGGGAGGUCGAUACACCUUAGCGGCUCAUGAGAGCGAAUGCGAGGUCGCGUAAGUCGUUGCGGGUCGGCCGCACAGAUUAGAGGAGUCUCGACCUCGUAGACGCCACCUUCGAAAAUCUAAGAAAUUCUCAGGGCCUUACAUAAGACCCCCAAGAUAAAUUUUGAAUACCCUUACUUUUAGGCAAGGGUUGAAAUAGUUAACCCAAACAUGAGUAGAGUGUUUAUAGUUGGUAAGGGACAACCUGAAAAACCGGUUCAAUAUAGCCCAGUCCACGCCAGAUUGUCACGUUUCUUUUUCCGUAAAAAUACCGUAUAUCAAAUUAAAUUAAAGUUGAGGAUCUUUGCUUCAAGACCGUUUUUUUUGCUGUCUAGGUAGCGGUUUCGUUUUUCGAAUUUUUCAUUAUGAUCUUAUGACGUAGAAUGGAGUUUCACUCAAAGGCGAAUCGGGAGGUCGAUACACCUUAGCGGCUCAUGAGAGCGAAUGCGAGGUCGCGUAAGUCGUUGCGGGUCGGCCGCACAGAUUAGAGGAGUCUCGACCUCGUAGACGCCACUUUCGAAAAUCUAAAGAACUCUCAGGGCCUUCCAUAAGACCCCAAGAUAAAUUUUGGGUACCCUUACUUUCAUGUAAGGGUAGAAAUAGUUAACAGAAUUGAAGUUGUGUGUUCUUUUUGAAGUUGGUUUGUGAGAGCCAACCUGAAAAAACGGUAUAACAUCGAUUUGAUUAGAAAUUUCAAUGAUUUCUCGUAACUUUUCUUCAACAUUCCUUAAAUAGAGCUUUUCAAUUUUUUCAAAACCAAAAAUUCCUAAAAUUUGAAGGCGACUGCGAUCGGAGGCCCGGCCAAGUGGGUUCUGAGCGUUUGUGCUGAAAUGAAAGGCGUUGUGAUCGAUUUGGAUCAGCGGAUUGGUUUUUUUGUUGUGAAAACGAAGAAUUCGAUCAAUUUUUCUAGGAAAACUGGCGAAAAUGUUGGUGAACACCUUCUCGAUUUUCGGUGAAGACGAAGACGAUGGAACUUCGCUUUUUGAUGAACAUCGGGAGUUGGAUUCCGACGAGGAGAAGGUAUAAAAUUAACAAAACUCGAAAAACGCCUUAUUUGCGUGAGAAACGCUCUUUUCUCUGCGUGUCUGACGGCGAGAGAUGGCGUCCCAUGAAGAAAUGUGCAUUCACGCGCAAGCCGCUGCGAGUCGGACGCAGCGAAUGAGGGGAUGGUCGCGGCUGGACCGCUCAUAAACUUACCUGGCUGGGAGGAUCUCGCGAUCACCAAGGCGGGAACUCCAUGGCGAGGCCUGAUCAUUGCACUUCAGAUCGGGCUGACCUGUGUGGCAGUCUCGAGUUGAGAUUCGCCAACAGCUUAAUUUUUGCGUGUGGGGUUGCGUUCGCGCGACCCCUGAAAGACCUGAUUAAAACAAUUCUAUUGAAAUACAGACAUUAUUUCAAAAGACAAAAAUCGAAGACUACUCGGGAAUUCCAGAGUGGUUCCUAUAGGGGUUUGGGAGGAAAGUAACCCCAAAAAGGACCAAAAAAGUGGUCCCUAUAGGGGUAAAUUUUGCUGCUCAGAAACUAGUAAGAAAGCCGUCUCUUCUUCCCUUAAUAAUUUUGAGUGGUCCCUUCAGGAGUUAGGGGAGAUGACAAUACAUAUACAUAUAAGGGCCGAAAAAGUGGAACCUAAAGGGGUAAAAUUAAGGUGGUGCUUAUAGGGGUUCCGGGUCUGACUCCUUAGCCCCUAAAGAGCAAGGGACUCUGUAGGGGCCUUUCAAUUACAUUCAAAAGACGCUUAUUUAUUCAUGUCCCCUAUGAGGAUAAUAAUCAAAAUCCUCAUAGGGACAACUUUUGCAAGCUUUAGGGGCCCCUAUAGGGGUCUGUAAAGUGGUCGGCUUAGGUUUUAAUUAUCGAAAAACCAAAUAUUCACAGCCCAAACUAGGAGUGCUGUUAUAUAGAAUUUUUUUUUAAUUAAUGCCCAGGAUUUUUAAAAACUGGUUAUAACAUGAAGAAAUACGUACUUUCAAACCGUACAGAGCUCAAAAAAAAAUUUACUUUUUUUGACUGUAUAAGAGAUCGUUACUUUUUCAGAUUGAAGGCGCUGCUGAGUUCGCCAAUUUGAGAGUAGAAGAAAGGAUUCCGUGGAUGGAGAACAAGGUUAUAUUCUCUCUUCGGAAAUUACAAAGAUUUUUUCAGAUGCACGAAAGGUCGAGAGCUGUUUUCGACCUUGUCUCCCGGGGUGCUUCACAAAAGAAACUUGAAGCUGAGACUCAAAAACUGAGGCAGUUGGAACUGAUCCGCUUCAAAGAGUUUAGAAGGUUUGGAAAAUUUAAACAGAAUGAUAAGGGAAACGUUUUAUUCCAACUAAAUCGAAAUAUUUCAAUUCUUAUAACCUUUACGUUUAGUAAAGGUUGCCAAAAUUUGUCUAUAGGGUCUUAUGGAAGGCCCCAGGAUUAUCAAUAGAUUUUCAACUUUGGCGUCUUCGAGGUCAAGACUCCUCUAAUCUGCGUGCCCGACCCGCAGCGACUUGCGCGAUCGUGUACUCUUUGUUAUUGGGUGCUAGGAGACCCGCCUAGAAGUUCCAGUUAUAAUGUCGAAGUCAAUUAAUAGAAAAACUAUACACUUUAAAGUUGUUCCUGAAAGUUUUCUCAAGAAAUAAUGGUUAGAAUCUGUUUUCAACUCAGCAAUGAAUGUUUUAACUUUAUCUGAAACUUUAUAAGAUUGAAAAAAGUAUGGUGCUUAGAAUCUCCAGGGUGGUCCCUAUAGGAGCAACCUCAAGCGUUUUCUUUAGGGAUUACUUUAUCAACCCCUAUAGGGUUCACUAAUGCUUUCGAAAGUGGCCCCUAUAGGGUACAUGUUAGUCGAUAAGUUUUAUGAACUAUAAGCAAAAAACUAAAAAAAAUGUUUUUUGAAUAAAAUUGAACGAGUCCUGUAGGGACCAUUCUUUCCGGCCCUAAUAAUGGCUCUUUUUUCUGCAAACCCCUAUAGGGACCACUUAAGAUUUAUAGGGCUGAGGGGUCAGAUCUCGAACCCGUAUAGAGAUUAUCUUGAUUUUACUCCUAUAGGGACCACUCUAAAUUUCUUGAGUGUUUGGAAUGUAAUCGUCUUGUGAAAGCCUUUGAAGGUGUUUAGAAGGUAGUUGGAAGGUCCUUGAUAAGUGAAAAAAAAAAUUGAAAUUUUCGGGCAACCUUUGACGUUUGACACAUGCCGAAAACAUUCCAAACGCCUUCCAAGGAACCGAAAUCAGAUCGUUCAGUACUUUCCGAGAACCUUCCGAACACCUUUCCAAGAACCGCUUCUAGCCUGAGAAGACAAUAAACUUGCCAAAACGAGAAAUCUAUUAUUGUUGAAGCUCCGUGAAAGUUAUUUACGUUAAGAACAACUUCUCUAAACUUUAGUUGAAUCAUAAGCGUCCUAGCACCCUGUGAUAGAGCGUACCAAAUCGCGCAAACCGCUCCGAGUCGGGGGCAACGACGAGCGAAGUCUUGACCCCACUCGAAAGAGUCGAAAAUCUAAAGAUAUUAUCAGGGCCUUCCAUAAGACCCCAAAGGCAAAUUUUGGCGACCUUUACUAUUUUAGUAAAGGUGAUUUGAUAAUUGUUUUUAUGACACUUUCACCUUUUUGAAGCAACAUUUCUACCUGAAUUUCUCAGGACCAUGGUCGAAAAAUGGCAGAAACGAGGCCAGGCGUCGACGCCACGUUCGCAUCAACGACCACGACGGGAUAGUGUGAGGGGUUUUUUUCGGAAUAUCUCAACGUUUUUGAAAAAGUUUAACGGUUGCAUACAUGGAAAGACCCAUUUUAUUCCUAAUUUUUCAAAAUUUUUGUGAGCUAUCCUUUCCUACCGGCCUGACUAAGUCUUUUACUUGCCCAUCUAUGAUCGGUUUGAUGUUUUCAUUCAAAUUAUUAAUUAUCGAAGAACUUAUGAAAAAGAAUAGGGAAACUUGAGAAAUUAGAAAAAAGGGACUAUUUUUUUCAACACUAACCUUGAACAGCUAAAGUUGAAGCUCCCAAGGUAGGUCAUUUUAUUUUGCGGUUCCUGAAAAUUGGCUACCUUGAUGAACCAGAAGACGAUUCUGAAAGCCUCAACCUGCACAAAAUUCUACUUUUCGAGAAAAGACGCUUCAAGUCCGAAGAAAACGCUCAAAAUCCAUAAAAAUAUGUUAUUUUGAAGUCUUAGGCCCUUAUUUAUCAAAAAUUAGAGAGUUGUGCAGGUUGAAACUUUUAGAAUCUUCUUCUGGUACAUUAAGGAACGUCUCGACCAGUUUUCAGGAAAAUUCCAACUCUCCUUUUUUUUUUCAACUUCAGCCUUGAACAGCUAAACUUGAAGCUGAGAGUAGCUUUUUAUUUUUGUUGGUGUUUAGUGUUGGGCCAUACAGGUUUUUUAAAAUAAUUUUCUGCAAGAUCAGCCACGGAGCGUAUGUUUCUACAUCUGAGAGCCUUGAACCAAAGAAGAAAGGGUCCAACUUCAAAUUACGCUGCAAAGUUGUAACAAAAAGGAAGAUUUUCGUCUUCUUAUGUGCUUUAAAGUAGCUCCUAGAAACCCUCCAAAAAGAAACCCUCCAGAAACAAAAACUCUCUGUAGUAACCUCAAUUUAUCCUCCAGAUUCUGUCCACCAAGGCGAAAGAAGUCGUUUCAAACGUGACUGGAAAGCACGCCCGCCCGGCCAACACUCCACAGCCAGUCGUUGAGGAGAUUCGCGACUUGGAAACGGUCAAUUUCAAUGUCACUGUCAAGGUUUUCAAACUUCCUGCUUCUUCUAACGGAAGAUAAGUUCAGGUCAGUAUUGACUCGGGAAAUUGUACGCUUCGGACGGCGAAACAGGAAGGCGCUGUUCCGAUGACUUUUGGUGGGGAUUUUUUUGAGAGUUUGAAAGUUGGGAAGCUUCUGCUUUCGGUUGCUCGGAAGGCGUUUGAAAGGUUUCCAGCAAGUGGUCAAACCACAUAGCUUCCUAACACCUGUUGCUUAGAAAAACGCCUGCCGGAGGUUUCUGGAAGGCUUCUGGCAGGGAUUCUCCAUAGUCUCCUACCAAGUACCUUCCAAUCACCUUCUGAACACCUUCCCAAGGCCUUUUCAAGACCUUCAAUAGUCUGUUCAUAUUUUUAAUCUCAAGUUCCAAAGGAUUUUGAAGUUUCGAAAACGUUUCUAGCCUAAAAGUCGUCUUUUUCGACAUUUUGAACUCUUUUUUUGUUCAUAUUUUUAAUGUCAAGUGCAAUGACGUCAUUCAAAAACACUCUGUGGAUGGCUCGCUCUCUGAUUGGUUUAUCGCGCCAUUAGGGGCGGAGCUUGAGCGACGACUUGACGUUCAAAAUCUGAACAAACUAUAGCUUCCAUUCACAUUUCAACCUCCCGCUUGUUACCUUCUCAACACCUGAAGAUUUGAAAUUAUCAAUUUUUUUUCAAGUCAAAGAAUUUUCCGAAAGGAUAGUUUGAUAUCAGAAUCGGUCAUAGAAAAUGAUAUUUUGGAGACUUUUUUCGUUCAUUUAUCGUAUUGGUUCGAUGUUUUCGUUCUAAAUCGUUUUUUGAAGGAAUUAUAGUCAUUAAAAAGGAUAGGGAAAAUAAAAAAAUUAGUAAAAGAGACAAGAAAAUUCCAAGGAAUUGAAAGAGUUUGUGAAUAACGUCUGAACUUUCAUUUUUUAUGUUUGUAUAUCAAUUUUGAAAAAGAACUACUCUCAGGCGGAAAGAUUGGAGAAACCUUGGCGGCUGUGAACCGUGGCACUCGCGACAUCAAGGCCAUGUUCGAGCAGCCCAAUAUGACGACGACGACUUUCAGCAUUCCUAGGUGGGUUUUUCGAGAGACUUGGCGUUGGUUUGAGGGGAUUUUUUGAUUAUAGAGAUUGUUCCAAAGGAGUUUGAGGUUUCGAAAACGAUUCUAGCAUUGAAUUAAUUUUUUCCCACGAUUUGAACUCUUUUCUGACAAGUUCUUGAAACUAUGGGUCCUCAGAGAUAGUUGAAUCUGAUUUUGAGAAGCUUCGAAGGAAUAGGCCCGAUGAAAAAUUAUUUAUUGAUUAUUUAAGAGCGUCUUUAAUCACAUAAGGAUGUUGAUAGAGCGCAAUAAAAAAAAAAUGAUUUUAGGACGAAAAAAUAAUCACUGAUUAUUAUUGUAUUACUGUUUCGAAAGAUAAAACCUGAUUUUUUAAACUGAACUUUUUUCUGUUGCUUUUGGACUCUAAAGAACGGAUAAAACAAGGAGUUAAGCAGGUUGGUCAUUUUGACACCUCGGGCAAAGUCGGAAUGGUAGUUAAUUACCGCUAGAAGGGAUAGGCUCAAAAAAGGCCGCAGAAAAGCCCCAGAAAGGCUCUGAAAAGGCCCCAGAAUGGCAGCAAAAAGAGUCCCUUUAUCGAGCCUCCCAUUUUUCCUGGGAUUUCAAAGGCUUAAGAAAUGGUGAAUAAAGGAGAGGCAGCAAAAAUGGUGCAUAAGAGCCGAUGAAAUGGCGCGAAAAGGCAGCAAAAAAGGAACAUUUCUAUGGAGCCUUUUCCACUUUUUUCGACUUUGCCUAUGACUAUACCUUCUGAAUACUCCUAUUUCAGCCUGGAAAUCAAAGCGAAUCACGUUUCGGACCAAACCGACGCGAUGGCCAAGGCUACAGCCGAUAGAUUCCAAUCUUACGCCUCCCAGGGCCGUGCCAACUCCUCGAGAGAAGCCAUGGAAGAAACCAGAGCCGAGAAUGCCAAAAUGUACGCUUUUCAUGAGUUUUCACCUCGAAAAUUAAUUUUCAGGAAGGUUGGGGAAGAACCGAAGCCCAAGGGUGCUCCAAGGACAACGAACUCUCCAUCGGCUUUCUCGCCCAUGCGGAAAGUUACUCCUCAAGUCGGAAGGAUUUGGAAAAUUAGGCCAAAAGCAAGGUUUUCAGAAAGCUCCGAAACGUGGCUGUUUCUACCUUUUCAUCGGACUCUCCUCGAUGCCGACCGAAACUGUAGUUACGCCUCAUUUGGCCACCUAUUUGGAGCAGGUUAAUGGGGAAACUUGAAUGGAGAAUCUGGGAAAAAAAAGAAAAAAAAAAAAUGAAAAAGUCAUAUCUACCUGGAUAAAUUGGUGUCUGGACAUACUCCGCCCUUUUAAGACUAUCAGGACUGUUUAAAAGACCAGUUUCUAGAUUUUGAGUCGGGACAGAAUUGAGAAUUGUAGUCCUUGUCCCUAUCCUAGUAGAAAAUUUCCGAACGACUAAUUUUUGUGAUAAGACUUGAGCUCAUGUAAACAGUUUUCUUAUGCCUGAAGCUUUCAAAAUUUCGGAAAACUUUCUAAUUUGGGGAUCUAGACUCCACUCCCUUACCCUAAACUUUCAAGAAAUAUCCCGAAGACUAGCUCAAAAAGGAAUUACUAGUGUUCCAAGUUCCAAAUAAGAUAGAAGCCAAGGAAAGCCGAAACUGGGCUAUUCAGGUCCUGGAGCCCCUGCCGCCGUCUUCCGUCUUCCGGUCUUCUCAAGCGGAUCCAGAAAAUGAGCAAAGUCGGGCCAAUUCCCCGGUUUCGCACGAUAAUAACAUUGUGGCGAUGGACACGGCUGCACUUCCGAUGGACGUCAUGUUCUAUCUGGACGUUCAGAGUUCCACGAUUCGAUUCGACGGCAAGAAGCCUGUCAGUUGAUAUUCUAUCAUCAAAAGUCAUCAGUUUGAAUCCUUUUUCAAGCUUCUUAGCUUGUCUUCUUUGAUAUAAACUCAAUUCCGACGCCAUUGAAGCCUGAAAAAUCAGCCUUCUCUAGUUCCAAGCCUAAAAAGCAAGUGGGCUGUAUUCAGAGCGCUUCGGGCCGAUCUCAAUCGGCGGUCGACUGCUUGCUGACGUUACCCCGGUUGACCGUCGAGUUGACGACGAGAAGAACCGAUGAAGACGGUUACGUUGGCGGAAUGGACAUCUCCGGGCAGUUCAAGGGCUUCCUUUUAAGCAUCUACAGCCCGCAUCAGGUAAAAAGGGAAUAGUUCUCCUUGUCACUCGGCAACACUCUCCUCUUGACGUGUUAUUUUUACGUUUCUCUGACUUGGGGUCUCUGAACUUGAAUUUGAUUUUACUCUGCGCUUGAUCUUCCAAUACUUGUUGAUGAGCGAGUGACAAUCUUAGGAACUCCAGAGUGAUCCCUACAGGGGCAACCUUAAGAACCCUUGGAGGGCCACUCUAGGGAUCACUGUAGCUUGCAAAAGUGGUCCCUAUAGGGAACAUGCUAUCCGAUAAUAUCAUGAACUCUUAACGAAAAAGCGUUUCCACGAGAAAAACUGAAUAAAUAAGAAUUUUUGAAUGAAACUGAAAAACCCCUAUAGGGUCCACUUGAGCUUUAGGGACAAAAGUUCAGACCCUAAACCCCUAUAGGCAUCACCUUAAUUUCACCCCUAUAGGGACCACUUUUUCGGCUCCAAUUUAGAUUGUUUCCCCCCCUAAUCCCUAUAGGGGCUACUCUGAAAUUCUUAAGGCAGUGACGACUUUCUCUUCGGUAACUGAAACCCCAUUUUCAGGACCCAACAGCGGCUGGAGCCCUGAAGUUGUCCCUUGACACUCUCCUGUUUGUUAUUUCAAGGAGUAAAAAUUCGUCGAGCGAGGCUGACAAUCGCGUUCGGGUUUGUUAAAAAAAAAUUUAAGUUUUCUGUGUUGAUUAAGAGAAUUUUCAGUUCGUUUUGACUUCGCAAAUCGGCAAGGCUUCUUUUGAGUACGAUAUGCGACGUUUGGGAGAGUUGAUUCAGUUCCCGAAGCCUUGGUAUCGGGCCGCCAUAGCGAGGUUCGCUUUGAAGAGAUGGACUCCAGAUUGUUCUCUAUAGAGGCAACUUUAGGGACCACUUCACCAACCCCUAUAGGGGCCACUAAAGCUUUCAGAGGUGAACCCUAUGAGGGUUUCAGUUAGUGGCCCCUAUAGGGGACGCGCUAAUCGAUAAUUUUUAUGCGAAAGAUUAAGUAGAUAAGCGUUUUUAAUGAAGUUGAAAGACCCCUAUAGGGACGACUUGAGCUUGAGGGGCUAAGGGGUCAGUUUCUAAACCUCUAUAGGGAUCGCCUUGAUUUUACCUUAUUAGGGACCACUUUUUCGGUCCAUGUAGGCGCUGUUUUUCCCCUAAUUCCUACAGGAACCACUCUGGAAUUCCUAAGAAUGACUGGGAGAAGUAAUGCAAGUCUGACGGGCCUAACGCGUUUCUGGGAACCUCUAGUGAUCACUUUAGCGACGUCAGGGCUCUUAAGUGAUCCCUAGAAAUGCUUCAAAAUCUCAAGUUUCCGAUACUGAGGUCAGAGAAGCAAUGAACUUUUGAACUAGGCCCCAUUGAGAUUAUACAACCAAUUUUUAUUUUGAAAAAGUUAAAAAGGAUCUUUUUUUGGGUUUUUCUCUUUUUUUUUUGGCCAACUUCAGAACCAAGUUAUGUAUUUUGAAGUUGAAAACCAGAAGCUCACAACACAAAAAAGUAUUUUAAGAAGAGUUUUCUUCGGCGAUCAAUCGGCGCCGCGACAUCGUGACGACAACAGUGACACGGCGACUGCGAGGAGCCAUUUCCAUUCGGCUCAGGCGGCUUCGAAAAAGUUUGUUGUGGAGAUAAUCGAAAGAACUAGUGUUGAUGAAUGUGAAAAAAAGCAGAAAACUACUCUUAAAAUAGUUUUUACUCACAAGGGAGGUCAUUUUGCCUUGCGGCUAGUGAUUAUCUAAAAAUUGGCUCUAUCGCUUAGAUCUUAUAGUUAUAACGUAACUAUCUUUCCCAUCUUAUGUGUCUUAAAACGAUUUUUUGAAGAGAUACGACGACAAACAGCGCCAGCAACACUUCAGUGGCCACUCACAUACCCAAACCGUGGUAUGCGUCGGUAAGAAUUCUCGGGAACUUUUCCGAAUUUCGAUUUUGAUCUUCUACAGGUCUUGGUAGCCGUCCAAUGGAAAGAAUUCGACGUCUUCGCCCAAAUGAGCAAUACGAUGGGCAAAACGACGUGGAAGGCGAGAAAGGGACGGCUCAGUGGGAAUGCCAAGGUAUGAUUGAGAAGAAAAAGAAAAUUUUUUGAAUUAUUGAUUGGUGCCUUUUUUGUAGUGCUUAUUGCGUUGUGGGGGGAUGAAGAUUUCAACAAGGUUCUAAAAUUUUGCAAGGAUUGCAGCCUCUUAUUUAGUAAAGAAAAGAAGAAAAAAUUCAUCCGAACUAACCCUUUUGAAUGGCGCAAUAGUAUGUUGAAUACGUAAGAAAGUAGUACGAAAUUUGGCAAUAAUAAAAAAAAAGUCCCCGCUGGCUUCAUUAUCAUAGCCUUUGGAACAUAGAUCUUCUAUAAUUUUUGAACAAAGCUUUUAUUUUUCAGUUUUCUGGGGAAAAGAAACUGAUCAUGUGCGCUCUAUGGCGAAUUUUUUGUCUCAAAGUGAUCUUGUGCGCUCCACGGCUAAUUAUUCGUGUUGAAGUGAUCUUUUGCGCUCCAUGGCUGAUUAUUCGUGUUAAAGUGAUCAUGUGCGCUCCAUGGCUAAUUUUUUGUGUUAAAGCGAUCUUGUGCGCUCCAUGGCUCAAUUUUAGUCUAAACACCGAACAUUUCCAUUCGAAUGACCAGUAGAGCGCACAAGAUCACAACCUCUUUUAAAUCGUGGUCAUUUCCUCCCAAACUAACCCUUUUGAAGGCCUCAAUAGUAUGUUGAGUGUCGACGAGAUGGAGGGCCGCAAUUACGGCCCCAGCCAAUACCGUAUCCAGUGGAUCCAAAACAGCUCUCUGUAUCACUUUAGGGAUCGUAUUUCGAUGGUCGAAAAUCUGAAAAAAAGUUUCGUUGUAAAAACGUGACGUUUUCGAGUACCUGAAGUUUUCUCAAGAUCUCAUCGACAACUGGCGGCUUCCACUUGAUUCGGUCGAUGAAUCUCAUUUUCGGCUCGACGAUCCACUUCUCACAAAUGAACACUCUAGGGUCUGGAAAAUGAUCACUAAAUUUCAAUAAGAUUUUCAAAGUUUAUUAUGAAUUUUUGUUUUGAUCAAAUAUUUUCCUGUUUUUUUUUUCAGCUGAACUCCAAGCUCGAAAGAGACAUCAACGUGAAGUUCAAGCUAGGCUCAAGUGAACUGAGAGCUCGAGAAGGGGCCAUCAGCGGCGAUAUCUGUUUCAACACAUUGGUCUUGUCGGCGUCGCACACUCUGUACGCCGAUGUUGCGGUAGAUCAUGAGAAAAAUCCAGAAAAUUUGAACCCCUGCUCAGAAACCUCCGAAAAACGAGGGAAAAUUCGACCUCCGAUGGAUCUCGGCGACGGUGGAAUGGAUGAGUCGCAGGGUGUUCUUGGCCAAGUUUGCCUUUUUUCUGGAAUCUGGAAAAAGCGACUUCUCUAUGUGUUCCUUGAGUGGAAAUUGAAGGGUGGAAAAUCAGAAAAUCCUAAAAAAAAAGUGGAUAAGAAAAAAAAACCUAUGGAUGGAAGUUUAACUCAAAUUCUAUCGGAAUUUUUCUUUUUUCCAGAUUUUCCCAAACUGAGUUCAUCUUAAGUUAUGAAUUUAUUAUUUUUUUUCUAGAUGGACCCAACCGUCCCUGGUUGCUUCGGACUACCAUCUCGCAGAGAAAAAUAGUGAAAAGGUAAAUCUUGACCUUUUUUUUUCAUUUCAGAAGAGUUUAUUUUCACGAAAUAAGCUGAAAGUUUGAAAUUUGAAGAAGAGACUGGCGGCCCUCGGAGUGAAUGUUCGAUCUUCCUGGGAUGAUCUCCAAGUUGUGAUCAUGCGGACGACGAUCGAUGACCUCAAGAGUAUCGUCCUGAAGUUGACCACCUUUUUCCAGGUGAACUAUGAUCGAAAAAAGCCCCGGGAAUAGCAAAAAGUCGGGCCGAAGAGAGGAAAAGACCACAUAAGAUUCAGAGAGUUUUUGAGGCUUUUAAUUUUUUUGGAAAGUAUACCUAAUCACGGCGUUUUUGUUAGUGGAAGAAAAUGCGAAACCAAAAUUGAAGGAGGCGGAGCCAAAACCCAUGUGACGUCAUGAGAAAAAAGCGUAAAAAACAGGUAGUAUUAAAGGCGCAUGUUCAAUGGGUCAUGAGACGAAUCGCUUUCGCAAUUGAAAAAAACGCGAUUUUUCUGCUAUGAAUUUGAAUUUUUUGAACGUGGCAUGUGCGAGAGCGCCGCGGUGUAUGCACACGACACACUACACUUUACGGAAAAUAUGGGCGGGGCGUCGCCAAAAAACGCCGUGGCCGAGAUAUUUCAUUAUGACUUGAGGCAUGGAAAAUAAAACAGAAAAUUUACGGUUUGGGAUUAGUUUUUUGUAUCCAUGGAGCGCACUUGUGUAUUUUUUUAGUUUUUUGAAAACUCGGGCAUGGUAACGCGAAACGGACGUGUCGGGGCGUUUCUAGUUUAGUGACGUCAGCCCUCUUAAGUGAUCCCUAGAACUGCUCUGAAACGUCCGGAGCACGUCCGAUAUCGUUACCGAGGUCCGGGAACACUCUUUCUAGACUCUCUUGUGAAUUUUGGCUCAAUUUCUCUUCCCUUUCCGUUUUCAAGUGAUUUCAGCUGUAAAUUUGAUCUUGAGUACCAAAAAUUGUGAGUUGUUGGAAAAAAAAAACCCGAUGGAACGUAUUUUAGAACAGUUUUUGAGCAAAUUUCUUUCAGGAGCAACUGAAAAACUCGAGGAUCAUGUGGGGCAUUAUGGACACGUCUUUGAAAAAACCGCCGAUCCGGGAGCAGCCGUCGAUGCCGAAGACGAAUUUGUGGGAAAAGGUGCUGACUUGGAGAAUACAAAAAAAUUAUUAUUCUUACAAAAAAAUAGCUGCAUUGGAACUUGAUUAUUAGGAUGUUUUGAAGAAAAAAAUGGAAUUAACUUCAAGACGCAAAAGACCUUAUCGCGGUUCUAUUCUCACAUCUUUUAGUUAACACUUUUCUCGAUUCUCUAGGCAUCAAAAAAUCUUCAAAAGGUUCAAAUUAAAGAUCAUCGACUACGUAUCGGAAAUGCAACUCCGCGAGCAGCUGAUGGGACUCAUGGAAAAAGACGGAAUCGCUGUCGGCGGAAACGUUGAUUUGAACGCCGGAAAGAUUUCCUUGGUCCUCAUGCAAGGCGACAUGAACUCCAAUUGGUCUGUCAAUCAAUAAGUGAUCAUCAUUUGUCGAAUUCAAGUUGGGCCGUUUUCCAUCUGAGAGAAGCCGGAAUCGCCUUCUCGCCUCAGGCGAGACUCUCCUAUAUGAACGAGGAGUACGAUCAUCUCGGUUUUGCAAUUUCUAGCCGCUUCAAUUUGGAUAUAAAUUAAGGUAUCCUGCUCACCCAGAAGUUCAUCCUGAGGCUGGGUAAAGAGAAAAAGGACCGCGUGGAGAAUAUGGCCAAUGUUUGUCGUGUUCAGGUUUGACUUUUAUUUUUUCAUUCGUCAAGGUCUCUCUCCCAAAAAAACGGAAACUCUUGUUGAAAUCAAAAACCAAUUUGUGACGUCAUUGGUUGGCUUAUGACGUCACUAAAAGCUCUAUAGUCCAUCCGCCGCGACUUGACAGCUGUCUGCGUCUCUCUGUCCCUCAACGGCGAGGUCACAGAAAGAUGGAAAUAGCGCGUGAAAAAGAGAGAGACGCCGAGAGAUAAGGAGGGCGCAGAGAAGUCCCGCCCUUUCAAGUCGCGGGAAACGGAGUAUAAGAUUCUUAGGAAAAAAAAGAGAAGGAUUUUCAGAUUUCAGAUACUUUCAGGCGUACUGUAAAAAAAAGAAGGCAUACUGCAGAAAAAAGAAAAUGGGCGGAGCUUAUCAAAGCCUGGUGCGAGAUAUUUAGAAAACUGUAUAGUAUCAGUGACAGUAAAGAGAGCUUUCAGGCGUACUGUAGAAAAAAGAAUGAGGGCGGAGCUUAUCAAAGCCUGGUUUCAGGCGUACUGUAGAAAGAAUGAAGUUGGACAACGAUCUGAAUUUUUCCUUUUUGACGUCAUUUUUCUCUCCAAAACUCGGAAGCCAUCAUUCAGACGCGCCACAACCUCUCACGCCAGCAAGCGUCGAUCGACUCCGUCCUGGAAUACCUGAUCAGCGACGUUCUGAAAGUGACAGGGCUACACGUCAACCCCGAACACGACGCCGACAUCCUGCAAGAAGUCGCGGCCAAGAACCUGCGGGCCGACCCGAAAGCGAUGAGCAGCGCGACGAGCCUCCGAACUGCGGCUGGAACGCCGCCGCUGCCUCUCCCAAAAGAUCACAAGGUUGAUAUUGAGGUUUUCUUAGGAACUCGAGAGUGGUCCCUAUAGUAACCUUAGGGGCCUUUGAAGGGUCCUUUCUAGAGAACACUUUACCAAAUCCUUCAGGGGUACCUUAGGGACCCUUGGAGAGUCCCCUCUAGGGACGAAUUCGCCAAAUCCCUAGAGGGGUUACUAAAGCUUGCGAAAGUGGUCGCUAUAGAGGUUUUAAUUAGUGACCCCUAUAGGGGACAUGCUAUUCGAUAAUUGUUAUGAACUUUAGGCGAAUUCCAUGAGAAAGAAAUAAUUAAGCAAUCUUUAAUUAAAGUUGAAAGACCCCUAUAGGGGCCACUUCAGCUUUAGGGUCAAAGUGAUCAGACUCUACACCCCUAAAGGGACCACUUUGAUUUUACUCUUUUAGGGACCACUUUUUUUCGGUCCCUAUAGGUAGGGACCGCAGAGCCACGCCCACUUCGCUGUUCAAAAAACUUCGUCAUUUUCGUUGCAUUUUGGUUCUUUUUUAUAUUUUAAAACAGUUUUCUUGUACCGAUUUGGAAAAAAAUUGGGGGAAACAUACAAUCGGCUAUGCUUAACAAUCCUACAUGAAAGAAAAAUACUGAAAAAAAUGAGAAAUAAGAAUGUACGACGACAGUUUUUAAAAACGCAUUUGUGGCCGAAAAACGGAUAAAAAAAUCCCUGUUUUUUUCUUGAAAGUUUCUGGGCAACUUUUUUUAUUCUUGAAUAUCAUAAAGCAACUAAAAAAACGCAUAUUCUGGCAAAAAAAUAAAAAAAUUCUAUGGUUGGCCUCAAAAAAAUAACGCAAUUUGAAAAAUCACGAUUUUCGAAAUUCCUUAUUUUCGAAAAAAACGCAAUCGAUAAUUACUGAUUAUAUUUUUUUUAAACGGUUGUUUGCAGUUGUUUGCAAAUUUUAAAAAAAUAGAAAAACUAAGUUUUUUUCAUCGAUUAUAUAAUUUAUUUGAAAGCUUAAAAAUUUCCGUUUUUUUGUAACGCUUUGAAAACGGCCCAAAGCGUUCUGGGCAAGUUUUUUUAUUUUAUAAUAUCAAACAUUAGACAUUUCUCUACAACAUAUCAAAAAAUAAAAAAAUUCCUAGGAUGGCCCGAAAAGUAUGGUUAAUUUAAACGCUCGAAAGUUAUUUUUAAAACUGCGCGUCGCUGGAAAUCUGCAGACACCGCGAAGGCCACGAAAUUUUUCGAAAGCGUGAAGAAGGUUUUUUUAAAACUAUUUAUGAAUUCUAUUCAAGUUUUUCUCAUUUUAUUGUGGCUUUAUAGUUGCUUUUUUUACUCAUUUCAUAAUUGGAAUCUUUUUUUCCUAUAUCAUUAUAUCCAUUAUAGCAGCGAGAAAAAGUAUUAAAUUUCGCUUUUACUCAACUUUUUUUGAAUUUUUUUCAGAAUGUCAAGUAAAGAAUUCUAAAAAAAUUGUCUACGUACACUCCAUGUAGACGCACAAACUUUAGAGAAAAAAAUAAAAGAAGUAGAAAAAUCAAAAAGUAAAAAAACGCUUUCGCCCUUUUUUUAAAAAAAACUCUCUGAGAAAAAGGACUUGGUGAUUAUUUACAUAUUUUUUUCAGUAAAUUUCUUAGUAGACUGUUACAUUUUUCAAUUCGGUUUAAUGCUGUUCGUCCUUCGCAGAGGUUUAUUUUGUCGGUUAUUUUCUUUGCAUUGAAACCUUCUUCAAAAACUCGCUUUUCAGCAGCGUGAGUGCUUGAAGAGUAGGCUGAUAUUGAAAAAAAGAGCAAUAUUCAAUAUGAAAACUCUAAUAUUUCAUUUAAAAACUUCUAAAAAAACUCAAAUAAAUAUGUUUUCGAAACGUCUCCUGCGUGAAUUAACGCACAGCAAGGAGCGCGCGGCAUCUAUAAACACGCCCCUUUUUCCUGCGACCCUGACGAAAGUUUCUACACAAAAAAAUGGUUCCCCCGAUUUCGCCACUUUUUUUGCUUAUAACUUUUUUUCAUUUUUUUCAUAUUUUUCUUUUCUGUUUUCGCAGUUAGCUCUCGAUUGCCAUCAGCUUUCUUUUCAUAUAGGUUUCAACUUUAUAUCACUGACUUUGGAAAUUGGCCUGCGGUCCCUACCUAUAGGGGCUUUUUUCUUCCCAAACCCCUAUAGGGACCACUCUGAAAUUCCAAAGUUGUAAAACGAGGAAUUUGAAGAGUGGUCUCGAAAAUCCUGUUGUUUUGAAUUUCGAUGGAAAACCGGCUUUUAAUAAAUAAGUUUUCUAGGGCCUGGUCACCUCGAAGAGCGCUCACAGUGUCCUGGAACUGUUCCAAUUCCCGGCCUUGGAAGCCGUGAUGACGUCGAGACAACUCAAUGGGGUCGAUGAAGGCGAGGGCUACGCGGAAAUCAUGAAGUCCGUCAUGGAGGUUUGUUCAGUUUACUUGAGAAUUGGGUCCCUGGUUCGGGUCCCGGCAACGUUUCUGUACCUUUUUCAGGUCUAUUCAACCUUUGUCUGCGAUUUCCACGAUGAGGUCGCCAUCGAGACCGAUUUCAAUGCACAAGUCUCGUUUUUGCCUGAACUGCUCAAGAGCUAUCUGAAUGUAGGCUUUCUGCCAGUCGAAAAUGAUAAGAUAAAUGAAUCCAGGAACCUCGUUUGACGGGAUCCACGACAAGCAGCAGCUGUGAGAGUUUGACGGCCAAGGAGACUUCUUCAGGUCGGUUUUCUGAUAAAAUUCAGUAAAAAGGCGGUUUUUUGAGCUCAAAUGCGCUCCAAGGAGAAUUUGAGGUUUUUUAGGUCAAGUUAUCGAGAUUUGUUUGUAGAAAGUUUUCUGUAUAUCUAGUAUUUUCGAUUCAUUCAUACUAGCAUGUCCCAACCAAAAAAAACUGAAAAAAAGAAGAAAUUAAAAGGAAUAGGCUUUGUUGAGUAGAAGGCGCUCUGUUGAGAAAAAAUUCCCUAUUUCUUAGAAAAUUUUUUCGAAAGCUUUUUUGGUUGACAUACGCUCCAUGGAUAACACGACUUUCAAAGCUUCCUGUGAAAAUGUUUAGUGGCCACUAUAGGGUCUAGACGUUUUAGAGGACACUAUAGUAGUCAAAUGAGCGGCCACUUAAGGGGUUGAAAGUUAGUGGCCACUAUAGAGCUCUAAGUGCUUCUAAUAGACUAUUAAAAAUUUUAGUGGCCACUUUAGGGGUCAAUGGAUCAACAUAACUGGUCCAAUCUGUUUUUUUUUUAAUUAUCAAAGUUACUGGGAGGAAUACGGGAUGAAAAACUACUGGAGGGGCCACUAAAUAGACAACCUUUACAGUGGCCACUAAAAGGGAAAAUAGUGGCCAGUAUAGAGGUGGGUUUAGUAGGGGAUGUCCUCUCCAAGUAGUCCUUGGUGAGCCUCUAUAGUGGCCGCUAAAAUGUUUUCCAGCCUCACUUUUUUUUUUUGAUCAAAACAAAAAUUCAUGAUAAACUUUGAAAAUAACCCUUAUUAGGCUUGAAAUUUAGUGAUUAUUUUCCAGACCCUAGAGUGUUCAUUUGUGAGAAGUGGAUCGUCGAGCCGAAAAUGAGGUUCAUCGACCGAAUCAAGUGGAAGCCGCCAGUUGUCGAUGAGAUCUUGAGAAAACUUCAGGUACUCGAAAACGUCACGUUUUUACAACGAAACUUUUUUUUUUCAGAUUUUCGACCAUCGAAAUACGAUCCCUAAAGUGAUACAGAGAGCUGUUUUGGAUCCACUGGAUACGGUAUUGGCUGGGGCCGUAAUUGCGGCCCUCCAUCUCGUCGACACUCAACAUACUAUUGCGGCCUUUAAAAGGGUCAGUUUGGGAAAAAAAAUGGCCGCGAUUUACAAGAGGUUGUGAUCUUUUGCGCUCUAUUGAUCAUUCGAAUGAAAAUUUCUGAUUUUUUGAAUAUAAAUUAGCCAUGGAGCGCAAAAGAUCGCUUUGAGACAAAAAAUUAGCCAUAGAGCGCAAAAGAUGACUUUAACACGAAAAAUUAGCCAUAGAGCGCAGAUGGUCAGUUUUUUUUUCCGGGAAACUUAAAAAUAAAAACUUUGUCCAAAAUCUGUAGAUUCUAUGUUCAAAAGGCUAUGAUAAUGAAGCUAGCGGGGGAUUUUUCACUUUCAUUUGCCGAAUUUCGUACUAUUUUUAUUGUUUACAAGAUAUUUGAGCAUUUUUUAAAACCAGCAGACUCCUGGCGUGUGGAAAAACAGCCGCUUACAGAUUUUCGAAAUGAAAUGAAGCUUGGAAUACUUUUUGAACAUAUAUGUCCUCAGAGCCGAGCCCCAGAAGCGCCGAGCAGCAACGAGGGUCAGCCCGAGGCCUCUGCGCCGUCGAUGGCGCUGCCCGCUCUCCGCCCGCUCAGCCUGUCGAUGACCCCGAGUGCCGCCGAGAGAACCAAGCAUCAGAGAGCCCGAUCUGAUGGGAGGAAAUUCCAACACUGA